CAUCCGGGCUCGUGCUACGUACCGGUCCAGCACGACGCUAACAACUGACACAGACUUCGGCAACCCUCGUUUCUCUAAUUGAAAGGGGGGAUCCAUCGAGGCUUAUCAGUGUGUACAUUUCAUUGUGUACAUAUAUGCAAACGCACAUGUGCAUAUAGUUUCGUAUCCCCUGGUUAUUAAUUUGGCUGCAUCUACAUCUGUGUGAUUGUGCUGCGUGCUUAUGUCAAAAAGUUGAGGUUGAGAAGGUGUUGUUAUUUGUUAUUUAUGUUUGUGUCAUCGGCAGUCAUUGCUGUAUCACUACGCCGGUGAUAAAUAGUCAAGGAUUGAAGAGAUGAUAGUAAUAAAUAACAGCGGAGAUCUCAAUACGAUAAUAAACUGACGAGUAUGAAAAUACAAAAAGGCUGAUUUUGGUGUCUCGAUACGUUGCUCGUUGUUCUGAAGUGAAAUCGGGAUGAAGAUUAACGAUGCCAUCGAGAUGUCCUCCUAGUUAUGUUCAUCAAACCGGUACGCAGUGAUGCGACUCACGAAUCGAAGUUUUCUCUAACUUCUUAACUUUUUUAUCAUAUCAAUGUUUAUAUCAAUGUGCGUAGUUUAGACGAGGAAGGUAGGAUCAUUGUACAAGUGCAAUGAGCGCAUACGAAUGUGUCAUUAGCAAGAAAAGUUGUUUGGAAAAUGUAGCCGUCGUAACAGAAUAUAUUUCGACGAAAUUAUAAUAAGGCAAAAGUAGUGCAGCAACGUAAACGCCUAUCAAAUGCUUAUUUCGCAAUACAAAUUCGCAAUAUUACCAUAAGUUCGAUAGGCGAACAGAAAGAAAGAGAGACAUGAGAAGUGACAGUGCCUGUGAUCUAAAGGGAAGAUUGUGAGGGACCAAAGAAAAGUGCAAGAGGCCGUAAAGGACGACGCGACGUCUCCCGGCUUCUUUCCUGGCGUCCGUCAAAAAUUCAACCGCCACCCUUGCAGGUGCCGCUGGUGGUGCCGUCGCCGGCGGCGCUACACCGGGCGCAUCGUCGUCCACGUCCACGUCGUCCAGUAAUAACCUCGGCGGUAAUCAGCACGCGCAAGCAGCCACCCUGAUGGGAGUUUAUGAGGAACGUGCCCCUCCUACCACCGGCAUGCACUGGCCGGGGAACUCACAGGAGCGCGGUAGCGGUUUAACACUAGGAUGCCAAGGUGGUCCUGGUAUCGGUGGCAGUGCAGGGGUGGUGGUUGGUGCGUUGGUUGUGGGCACGGGCGGUUCGGAUCAAACACGUGACCUGAGCCCAUGCCUGCCAGCAUCGAUGGGCGAUGCUGCCCGACCAACAACCUUGCCAUCUAGUCCUACGCCACCCCAACAGCAACAGCCACAGCAGCAUCACCAUCAUCACCAUCAUAAUCAGCAACAGCAUCCUUGCAGUCAACCGGGUCACACGAGUCUGCACCAGACGCAUUGCGGCACCAACAAUAAUUGCUACAGCGUUGGCUCAACUUCUUAUGACUCGAGGGACUAUGGAUCUCCGGGAGACACGACUGAGUAUCGCAGCAACUACGAGCAUCCUAAUGAUCUUAGCAUACCACCUCAAACAACGCCUCACCACAAUCACCAUCAUCAUCAUCAUCACCAUCACCAUCAUCACCAUCAGCAGCACCAGCAAACCAUCCUCCAUCAGUCACAGGUCCAGCAGGCAUCAACCGAUCAACAACAACAGCAACAACAGGGAUCCGAACAUAGUGUUAUGCAUGCAAUACCAAAAUUGGAGCCUCCGUCGACGCCGCCUUCCCAUCAAGAUCAUGAUCACGGUCCAGCAGUAGUCUGUGCUGGCUGUGGACUAAGAAUAUCUGAUCGCUUCUACCUGCAAGCGGUGGACAGGCGAUGGCACAUCUCCUGUCUGCAGUGCUCACACUGUCGGCAAGGACUCGAUGGCGAGGUCACCUGCUUUAGCAGGGACGGCAACAUCUACUGCAAAAAAGAUUAUUACCGGAUGUUUGGCAGUAUGAAGCGAUGUGCGCGCUGUCAAGCUGCGAUCCUAUCCUCGGAAUUGGUAAUGCGCGCCCGUGAGCUCGUUUUCCACGUCCGUUGUUUCUCAUGUGCAGCAUGUUCGGUUCCUCUUACCAAGGGCGAUCAUUUUGGAAUGCGCGACGGCACUGUACUAUGCCGCAUGCAUUACGAAAUGGGUGCCGAGUUGCAUCCAUCUCAGAGUCCUCCAGUACCAGUUUAUCCCCCGGGGCCACAUUAUCCAGGACAGAGUUUCCCUUCGUCCGAAUUUUUACAUGCUCACCAUCCGCACCACCUUCAUCAUCACUCGCACAUCCAUCGGCCAAUCCAUCCGAAACAGCAGCAGCAGCAACAACAACAGAGCCCAGUGUCGUUACAACCUGCCACACCAUCGGGCGUCAUAUCGGAUCACACCGGUGGCAUUGGUGCCGCUGCUGGAUCUCCACCGAAGAUGCCGUACUUUAAUGGUGCCUCGCCAGUCAUAGCUGCAACAGCAGUGGCAGUUAGUGCAGCAGUCGCAAAUGUGCCGGCACCCAGGCAAAAAGGACGGCCUAGAAAGAGAAAACCUAAGGAUCUUGAGGCUAUGACCGCCAGCCUUGAUUUAAAUGCAGACUACAUCGAUAUGCCGUUCGGCAGGGGUGGUCCUGGUACUCCCGGUAUGCCGGGCACAAAUAGCCGCACAAAACGCAUGCGUACUAGUUUCAAACAUCAUCAACUUAGAACGAUGAAAAGUUAUUUCGCAAUCAAUCACAAUCCCGAUGCUAAAGAUCUCAAGCAGCUUUCGCAAAAAACUGGAUUGCCAAAAAGGGUGCUACAAGUAUGGUUCCAAAAUGCCCGGGCUAAAUGGCGACGAAUGGUGUUGAAGCAGGAGGGCAAGUCAGACAAAUGUGGUGGCGGGUCACUAGGACCCGGCGGCGUUGACUCGGGCAGCCUGAGCGAGCUGGAAUUGUAUGGGAGUAGCGCCGGAAGCGGCGGAGCACCGAUGAGUCCACCGUUCGUCCUUGCAGGACCUCACAGUCCCGCCUCCCUCGGCUCGCUCGACUGCGCGUGAUCAACCAGUGACGGACUUCCGAGUCUAUGUGACUCUAUUCGCAGAAGCUACUGUUGACCGACUAAAGAGGAACAUGACAAUGAUGUCUACUUUUGUAAUGCCACAUGCAUCUAGCAGAGAGGUUGAAAAUAUAUUAUUUUCUUUCUU